AUGUCCACAUAUACGGUCAAAGUCGAUAUCGACGAGAAAUGGGUCAAGAAAUUCAACAAGGACAGCACAAAGCUCUGCUUCUCUCACGGGAUGCUCACAAGAACACAAGAGGUGACCCAGAAUGUUUUUCUCAAGUGGACCGACGUCUACUCCAUCGCUGCUGGUACGCAGGAAUUCUCUGCAGGCACCGAGGUAACUGCAAUCACGGACAAUAAGAAGAUUGAGUUCAAACAGAGAGUUGAGCUUGGCCCCGAAUUUCUGCUCGGCCCACCCUUGCCCGACGCGGCGCUUAAAGACGGCCAAUUCGCAUUCAAGAACAAGGUUGAAGCUUCCGCCUAUCUUUAUAAGAAGAUCAGCAAGGACGGGGUCGAUGUAGUGGCUCCGUUCUACGUCAGCAUGAACGGCCCCAACCCCCCUGGCAGCAGCAUCUUGACGCCCAAGCCCAUCACGAGACUUUACUUUGCGAAUAAAGUUGAAACCGGAUCUAUGAUUGACGACUUUCAAUCGGAGACCAUCGAUGUUGAUUUGACUGGCAAGGUCCACGCUAGCGUCAAAUAUGACGUUAAGGGAGAUUGGUCGCUUGUCGCGUAG